GGGGGUACUAGUCCUUUUAGGUGGAUGACAUUUAAAAAUUCACAAGGCCACUGGUUGAGGGUAGGGGUCAUACCAUCAUCAAUUUUCUUCCCAGAUUUUUUCCCCAUUCCCUUUUAUUUUUUAUUUCAUGUAGCUAUGCCACCAGUAUAGAACAGCUGAAGCAUGUGUACUCCAGUCCCCCUUUUUAGGGCUGGUAUACUAUAAAGCAAGCCAAUGAUGUGCAUCUGAAUAAGCAAACUUUUUUCACCCACCAUAUACGUACCUCAUCCCCUAAUAAGAGGAAGUCUACCCUAAUAUUUAGUUGGUUUUAAUAAAAGCAGAAAGAAAGACGAACAUAGUGAAAGUAUGAGCAAUAUCGAUUAAAAAUAGGAACGUUUUCAAGUUUUCAUCAUUGAAAAACAAAUCGGCAACACUGGCGUAUCUUGAGAGCUCCUCUCCAAUUAGCUCCCUAAUUUUUUGUUAAUAAACUUCAUUUUUCUUGGUUAUUGAUGACGGUAUACAUUUGUAUCAUACAGGGGUUUAAUACAAAAAUAUUUGCAAUUAUUGUAUUUAGGGUGAAUGUAUGAUCGAAAAUUUUCUUAAGGAAAAUUAUGAAUUUUUGAAGUUUUGUAGUACUUGGGGAAAACGGGAUGGGGGCUCGGGGAUACCAAUAUGAGUUUGAUUGUUAGCACCUUCCAACAUUCAUAACUUUCUGAUUUUCAAUCGGUUUUUGCUCAAACUUUCACUGACCCGUUUCUAUUUUCUGCUUCUAUAAAAACAGUCCUGAAACAAACAGCCUGAAAUUGACUUUAUCCAACCACAUACCUCAAUCAACUCCAACCCGACACGGGUUUGCUGCCUGUAAACUAUUCCGAACGUGCUUCAGCCUGAAUUGAAAUGUAUAACUAUACUUCUUCCCUCCGCGUACCCGAUUACAUGUAUUGUGAUGUCAUAAAGGAACAUGUUCGCGUGUUGUGACGUCAUCAUUACUAUGCGCACUAAAUACUUCUUCCCUCCGCGUACCCAAUUACAUGUAUUGUGAUGUCAUAAAGGAGCAUGUUCGCGUUUUGUGACGUCAUCAUUAGUAUACGCACUAAAUAUAGCAACGCGCUUCCAACAUGAGUUUACGUUCAUAAUUUAUUUACAACAAGCUUAUAAGCUUAUAUCAAACGCAAAUGAUAGGUCUAUGGUUAUCAGAAAACGCGGUGUUCUUGUGUUUGUCAAACGUUUGUUUAGUUUGUAAAGAUUUAAAUUGAUUUAAGAUAAAUUUCACAAGAUGUUUACCGCUGCUAUAAUUCUGAUGGAAAUGAAAAGACCAAGAGGACAACGGCGAUGCAUGCAUGGAGUCGAGAUAAGACCUCCUUAUCAAAACAGUGACACCAAGUCUAGGAUAAGAGAUCUGCGUAUACCGGGCGAGCAUUACACUCCUUCUGCGUCUGACGGUAAGAAGACCCAAAUACCUUCCGAACUCUUUUGCCAAUCUUUGUAUACCAUGCACGACAAGGACCACAUGGGAUUCAUCCUCGCCAACCGACCUCCCCCGAAUAUGAUAUCAACGACGAAAUCGACGACGAAAUCGACGACGAAAUCGACGACGACCAGUACGGCUGUUGUCAAGCCCGUUCCAGUUAGUGAAGCGAAACUUCCGGAAAAAUAUAAAGAUGUUAUCAAUGAUUGGGAAAGGAGAGACGGUGACAAAGUCGUAUUCGCAUACGGGGAUGACGAAAGUCGAUGUCAUCCUGACAUGGGCCGACACGAUGAUAUGACGAAGAUUUCCGACGGUAAGCUCGGCCAAGACGGCGACCGUCUUGCGGCGUUGCAGGAUGAGAUCACGACUAAGAAAGAAAAGCGACGACUGGUCCUGGGGCAGAUUCUCAAACUAGAGGAUAAGAAGCGACGUUUUAUCCGCACCACCCGACUCAACCAAGGAAAGGUCCGCGUGUCUCAGCGAAAACGAGAAAAACUCGAGAACCUCAGCCAAACCAAGAUGGAUUACCGCCUACAGCAGGUUCUGAACCUCGAGAAAGAGAAGGUCGGCAUGGAAGAGAAGCUGGAUAGAUUCGAGGACAUCGGCAUCGCCCUCGCCAUGCAGAAGGAGGAGAAGCACCGAUGUCUGAUGGAGACCAUCGAUAACGCACCGGCACUUUAUCGCAAAGAAAACGAGAUACUUGAAGAGCGCCAUCAGCGUGAGGUUGUUCGCUACCAGGUUGUCAUGGGACUGUUUCUGGCUGUUUUCGCUGUUCUCUUCAUUACGUACUUCUGUAGGUUUGGCGUCAAGGAAGAGGAAAAGCCUGCUGGAGGUAGAGAAGGCUUUUUCUAUUAAAGCAUCGUGGAAAUUCGUCAGAAUACACGGCAUUCAUUGAAUAGGUUUUAAUCUAACAGAGUGUAUGUUGUUGUUGUAUGUUUUGUUUUGUUUUUUGGGGGGGGGGACG